AUGCCAGGCCUAGUUCCAGUAAUGGACAUAAUGCAUGACGAUUAUUGUAAUGACUUACUCAAACAGCAUAUGAGUGUUACAGAAGAUUUUAUCAGUACAGAUAGCCGGAUAUUAGUAAAUCAGCAGCAAUCAACGCCUGUCAUAACCACAAUAAAUAACCCGAAUGAUAAUAUUAACAAUGAAGUUGAUGGCGAUAGUCAAUUGUUAGACUAUAGUAAGUGAGAAUCACUAUGCCAAUGAACCCAAACGCUCCAAGUUUUGUCAGU